UCGGGCAAGUCUGGGCAAGUCAUCAAGGCGCCAUCUUUGAAUUUAGAGUUGGGUCGGUUGAUGCCGAAAUUUUUCACAGUCUAGUUUCUCUGGCUUUUUCCUGAGAACCAGGGUCCCAGAGAUAUGUAAAUCAUCACGAAGGCUACUGCGAGAAGUUUAUCCUCGCAAGUCUGUGCUCAAAUUUACCAGGUUGUGGCAAGGGAGGUGCGAGCGUCCUCUCAUCGCGUCGAUGUGUCACUACUUCUAACGUUCUUUCCUCGUCCGUGCAAAAGUCCUGUUUGAUCAGAUGGCUCCCAGCAGAUCCUCCAAGCGAAGAUCCAUGGCACCGUUACCCACUGAGCUGUCUCCAAUGAGCCGACUGGCCAUCAAAGCUGGCCGAUGCUCCCGCAGGCAGAGUACCCUGGGUCUGAGCCAGACCGGCAGGAGUUCAGCAGGAACACCUGGCAGACAGAAAAGUAAUCCUGCAAAUGGAAGUGCCAAAACAAAUCCCACCAGAAGUCGGAGGAGCCUGGUCAGUGUGGGUGUGGCCAGCAACAGCUGGGAUGACCCAGUAAGUCAAUCCUGUCAGCUCAGUGGGAGUCAAGGACAGAAUCCCCAACUCGGUGAUGUCACUAGCCUAUCUAUACAAAAUAUGGACCUUGAAUCACCCAGCCUUCUAACCAAGAGUCACAAGACCACCAUGAGAAACAACACCACUUGUCACAGUGUCAGAGAAAUGGAGCUUGACUCACCCAAUUUACCCCGGCCCGGGACACCAACACUCAGACCAGGUGUUAGUGGUCAGCCCAGUCUGGAGAGGCUGAUGUUACCUGCCGACACCCCUAGCCCACGUCUCCAGGACCAGGUUAGUCUGCUGCUGCCCACAGACACACCGAGCCCUGCCAACCAGGCCCUGGUCCUGGACAGUGAUGAUGAUGAUGACUUGCCCCCCUCCACACAACCAGUGGACAACAGAGUUCUAAAAGGUGUAGUUGUUUAUGUGGAGGUGCGGUGCAAUGACACUAUGGAAAAUCGCUCCAAAGCUGUGGCUAAGCAACUGGAGUUGCUGGGUGCUCAGGUGGAACCGAAACUUUCCCGUGAGGUGACGCAUGUGGUCUUCAAGGACGGUAGAAAGAGCACAUUGGACAGGGCCACCAAAAAAGGCAUUCACCUCGUGUCUGUGCUCUGGGUGGAAAGUUGCAGAGAGAAGCAGGUCCAUGUGAAUGAAGGAUUGUUUCCCAUCAGCCGCCCAGAUGAAGGAAACACACCUGUACUGACAAGGAUAAGGAGGUACAGGUCCAUGCAGCCUAAAAGCUUUGAGGAGGAGUUGGCCGGGAGUGCAGAGAGAGUACGGAAGCGGCGCCGCCAUCAUGAGCUGGCAAACCGCUGGAAAACGGUGACAGGUACCACCCCUUCAGGUACCCCCAACAAGGCAACAGUUUAUGUGGAGGACACACAGGAUCCCAACAGUGAGGAGAUGGUAUUACCCAGCAUGCCUCUGGCCAUCCCUGACACGCCUCCAAACAUGCGUGAAAAGAGGAAUCAGCUGAUGGCUCGCCAGGAAAACCAGGCAUCUCCACUUAACUUCACAGAGGGGACCUUGUCUCAGAAAAGGCUCUUUGGUGGAGCAGAGUCUGACAACAACAGUAGCUGUGAGAAGAAGACGUGUGCUGAAGACGAACAACAGGUGCCCAGUGAUAAUGUUUCAGGCCGCAACAGUCAGCCAAGAAUGGAAACGUCUUCUGAUAGUUUCAAGAAACAGCGAAGACAAAGUAGAAGACUGUCUAGUUUACCAGCAAAGGAUGGAGAACCAGAAGGGAACAACUCUUUAAAACAGCCGGCAAAGAGUGGCUCAGGAAAGAGGCGUCUGUUGUCGACAAUGAACAGCGGACCAGCUGCAGAGCUGAUAUGUCCACAAGAACCUACUGGAUCAGCUGCAACAAAUAGGGUGAAGAAGACAGUAGGUGUGCUAUCUGGCAAGCGUGACCAGACCCCAGUAUCCACAAGCACUAUUGGCAGGGUUAGUGUGGAGUCACAGGGUAGCAUGGAUGCUGAUGUACAACUGAAUAGUAGUAAGAGAAUGGAUUCAAACAAAGAAAAUGCUGCAGCAAAGAGGAAGUGGAGGGCGGCAACUGACAGUUCUGAAGACGAGGCCAAGCAAAUUGCAAAGAAAGGCAAACAGGCAAAAUCAGACAAUGAUGCAGGGAAUGGAGGGAGUAAAGUUGUGAAGAGAGGAGCCACAGUGCCACAGUGGGACUGGGAUUCGGACAGUAGUGAUGGGUUGGGAGAACUUGCAGCUAGAGCAAGUGCACGAGCCUUGGCAAGCUUGAGGCAGGGCAGCAAGCAGAAGAAAAAUCCAGCCAAUGAUAGGGGAAGCAAUAAUGAAAGCGAUAGUGAUGAUCCCGACUCGCAGCAGAAAGGCCGGAAGAACACUGCAGCCAAGAAGACAAGCAGGACACCCGAGAAGAAAUCAAACCAAAGUAAACAAAAUCAGAAAGCUGGGAGAAACUCUCAAGGGAAAUCCCUUGUCGCUAUACCUGUUGAGGAUGAUGCAGAAGUAGUUGAUCUCGCAAGCAGUCAGUACUCUGUUGUGGAACCUUUAAGGCCCUCCAGAAGGAGUCUUGAAGAAUUUGCCCCUCCACAGAGACCGAGUCUCAGCAAAAGGAGUUGUAAGAAAGGUAAAGAUUCGAGCAGAUGUUCAAGCAGAAGGGUGAGUAGCAGCUCUGGCUCAAGUAACAGCAGCAAUGGAGAGAUGGAUGAGUCACACUCUUCCAAGUCAGCCAGGAAGGACACUAACAAACAAGCGCAGAAAAAAGCCAAGACUUCAAGGAAACCAACCUCUUCUGACCUGGACAGUUCCACCAGCAGUAGUAGCACAGGAGCCACCAGACUGUCAUGUAACAGGAGGAGCAGGCAGAAGGUGGGAAAAAAAGAGAAGACUGGGAAAGCCCUAGUGAUGACCAGCAUGCACACAAAGGACCAGGAACUGGUGAUUUCGGUGAUGAAACAGCUGGGAGGUUCCUACCUAGAGAGGGAUGUUACAGAGAGAACUACACAUGUUGUGUCCGGCAGUAAUCGGCGAACCCUCAAUGUUCUGAGUGCCAUUGCUCAGGGCUGCUGGCUGGUGUCAUUAGAAUGGGUCUUGAAGUCUUGCGAGGUGGGGCGCUAUGUGGAAGAAGAACCGUAUGAACUCCAUGAGGCUUUUCCUGCAGCUCAGGAGGCACGUCUGGAGAGGCAGGCAGCAGAAGGCCCCUACAACCAGGACCUGUUCUCUGACUGUGGGCUCAUCUAUAUCUCCGAACAGACAUCCCCUCCAUACUCCAGCCUGGUGCACCUGGUGGAGCUGUGUGGAGGGAGAAUCUGUACCUCCAUCAGGAGGGCCAGGAUCGUUGUAGGAAACCCGCAGAGGAGGACCGAUGCCUUGGUUGUUACUGAGCUCUGGGUGCUAGAUUCCAUCACCGAGCACAGGACACUGCCUCUUGACUCCUACCUCGUACAGCCGGAGAAAACAAGGCGAGCAUCAAGUCCAGAGUUCUGAUGUGUGAAGCGACGUGUGUCAAGUAGGGGCCAUAUCAAUUUGCUAUAUGGUUUUAUUUAACAUUUUCAACUGUUCUUUAUACAUGAAAUAAUGAUUGUUGCAUCUAUAAAUUGUGCAAGAUAUCUACAUUUCAUCUACUUUAUUAUGACUAUAAUUGCACCUUUCAUUGUGCAUGUUAGCAGAAUGAUGUUUUCAGAGUGCAAAUUUGCAUGGUCUUCUAUAUUUUGGUACAUGUAUUAUUCUUCCUGAUAUGUAUUUAGAUAGUCACUUUGUUGGUACCAUAUACA